CCUAAGUGUGGGACUAUUGUUUAAUUUACUGUUGAAUUUUGUUAACGUUAGGCCUGAUUAUUGUUACUGUGUUACUUGCCAGUGUAAAGAGAUUGUGAUUUUUCAUUGAAAGAAUAUUAACUAAGACUAUUCAAAAUAUAACUAUCACUAUUAGACAAGUCUGUUAUUCUUUGAGGAAAUAGUUACAAUAUACCCUAACGUAGGUUCAGGAACACAGACAAAAUUCUGCCAAUUAAAGCAAUGUCACAGUUUGCAGCAGCAAGUAAAAAUCCACCUUGGGCAAGAAACACUGUGACUCCAGGAGUCAGUUUACCUCAGUCAGCUACACCAUCUCAAACAUCAGCACUUGCAAAUUCUCUGAUUGCUGCCCAAUCUCACACAUCAGUAACUGGAGCAGCCAGUUCAGUUGUAACUGGACCAGGCUUAGCAGCUGUUCUUGCUGCCCAGUCCCAGUCAGCCGGUCAACCCAAUCCAACAGGUACAGCAUUCCCAACAGGGUUGGCUGCACUCAGCCUAGCACAGAAUGCCCUACAGAGUGGAGCAGUUCUUACACAGCAGCCUGGCAUUGCAUUGCCUGUUUCCUUGACUACAACAACACCUGUAGGAACACCUGGUAUAGCUCUUCCGACCACGUUAGCCACAACACAAGUAGCUACAGUUAGUUAUCCGGCUCCUAGAUUAAUUGGGCAAGCCACUGUACCAUUUUCAGCAAACCAGCCUCAAGUACCAACAGCUAUUCCUCAUCAACACUCAUCACAGGGCCAGCCACAGCACCAACCAAAGCAGAGAGUGUUCACAGGAACUGUUACUAAACUUCAUGAUAAUUUUGGAUUUGUUGAUGAGGAUGUAUUUUUCCAAACAAGGUACAAUCCCAACAUGCCUUUCAAAUGGAAUGCUGUUAGAAUUCAAGUGUUACCAAAUCAGCUUGUUCAGUCAACCAGUAACAAUCGAGGAGUGGGCCUUGGGGCUCCUGGUGGGCUAAUUUCUUCAGGAGGUAUAACGUUGCAUCCCAACCCCUCUGGUCUGUCUCAGAACAUUAUUCCAGCCAUGCCUAGUAUGGGUAAUCAGACUGCAGGACAAUACAGCUCAAUCACAGGUGGAGUAUCUGUAGGGAACAGAAUAAGUUCUAAUUUUCCACCCAUUCGACGACAUUCUCCUCCUCUCAGAAGAGAUAGAGAUCGAGAUAUAAGACGAGAAGAAAUUAGAAGGGAUGACAGAAGAGAUCGUUACAGAGAGCGAGAAAUUGAAAAAGAAUCAUUUCCAUCCUCUUUAUCUUCAAGAAAACGUUCUAGGUCUCCAAGAAGAGCUAGCCACAGUCCUCCACGAAGAAAACCAAGGGUGGUACCAAGAUACACAGUACAGAUCCCAAAGAUCUCCCUUGACCUUCAUGAAGGAAAUGUCAUGGAACUUCGAAAACGCUACUCCAGUCUCUAUAUUCCAUCAGAUUUUUUCUCUGCCUCUUUCCUGUGGCAAGAUGCAUUUCCUCCUCACCGACCAUUUAGUUUGGACCAUACUUGUACAUUUCAUGUAAUGAGUAAGGAUGUAGAUCCAGUUGGGGAGAACGACGCUAUUCUAGAACCUACUGAUGUGGAUCAUAGAUUUAGUGCUAAGGUUAUGUUAAUGGCCAACCCUUCCUUGCAAGAUAUAUACCACAAAUCAUGCGCCUUGGCAGAAGAUCCAGAAAGUAUUAGGGAAUCUUUUGUUCAUCCAACACGUUUGAUUAGUUUUCUGGUGGGAUUAAAAGGAAAAAAUGAAACUAUGGCUAUUGGUGGACCGUGGUCCCCAUCCCUUGACGGACCAGAUCCAGACAAAGACCCUAGAGUAUUGAUACAGACUGCUGUUAGAACUUGUAAGGCUUUGACAGGCAUCGACUUAAGCAAAUGUACACAAUGGUAUCGAUUUGCUGAGAUCUACUACCGACGCGGAGAGUCCAACCACAAAGGCCGCUUGUAUCCUGCGCGUGUUGAAACAGUGGUGAUUUUCUUGCCAGACGUAUGGAGCUGCCUGCCCACCCAGCUCGAGUGGGAUGGCUUGGUUUUCCAGUACAAAAAUCAGCUUCAGAGGAAACUCCACGAAGACACGGAGGAGGCAAUUGAGACCCAGGCAGAAGAUGAGGAAGGUAAUCAAGAGGAGCAGAGCAAGAAGGAACCAACUCAUCAUUCUGAACUGGAUCCAAAAACAAUGAAGGUGAAUGACCUUCGUAGAGAGCUAGAAGCAAGAAACUUAAGUACUAAGGGUUUGAAAUCCCAGUUGAUAGCUCGAUUAACCAAAGCUUUACGAUCUGAGUCAGAAAAGGAAGAACAAGAAGAAGCUGAACAUGAUGAAACUAUGGAAGAUAGUGAAAAACAAGAUUCUACUGAAGAAGAAGAGAAGAAGAAAAAAGAGGAAGAAGACAAAAAGCAAAAAGAAGAACAAGAGAAAGCAACAUUGGAAAAAAAGUACAUUCUUCCAGACUCGCCUGCUGUCAUUGUCCAUCCUUCACGAUCAGCCAAAAAUGGAAAGUUUGAUUGCACUGUGAUGUCUCUUUCUGUUCUUUUAGAUUAUAGGCAAGAAGACAACAAAGAAAAUUCAUUUGAAGUUUCCCUUUUUGCUGAAUUAUUCAAUGAGAUGCUAAUGAGAGAUUUUGGUUUCCACAUCUAUCGAGCUUUGGUUGAUGCUCCGGAAGUCAAAGAAGAAGAUAAAGAGAAGAAGAAAGAAACCAAGAGGAAUGAAAAGGAUGAGAAAGAUGAGAAAAAGAAAAAAAGUGAAGAGGGUGAAAGUACAAAAGAAGAUGAGGAUUCUGGAGAAGAUAAUGGAGACGUAGACAGAAAAGAUACAAAAAGUGGAGACAGGAAAAAGAAAGAUAAAGAAAAGAAAAAAGAUAAGAAGGUUCAGAUGUACACGAUAAACCCUCACUUACUGCUAUCCUGUGUUUAUUUUGAUCAGAAUCACUGUGGUUAUAUUUUGGAAAAAGAUACAGAAGAAAUACUUCAUACUCUAGGCCUUCAUCUAUCUCGUGCACAGGUAAGAAAACUACUUCAGAAAGUUAUCAAGAAAGAGAAUUUUUAUUAUCGCAAAUUUACUGACAAUUCAGAAGCCAUAUAUCAAAAAUUGGAAAGAGCAGCAACAAUAAAACAAGACUCUGAGACUGAUGAUAGCUUAGAGAAGCUAGCUAAAGGCAACAAACUGUACCUUCCACUUGUUAAAUGGAAACCAGAUGAAGAAAACAAACCCUCUUUAGAGAAUGGAGAUGUAGAAUCUUCUGACAUGAAUACAACAGAAAGUAAAAAUCAAGUUCCACCAAUGGUGAUGUUUCAGGGGGCUUUGUUAGACAUUGAAAAACUCAUGGAACAGCUGAAACGCAGUGAAAGAGCUCGGGCUGAUACUGAGCUACGAAUGAAAGAACUACAAGUUGAAUUAGAUGAAACAAAAGAAUUGGCCACUUCUGUUAAAGAAUUAUCAGAUCAGCUUAGUAAAGACCUUGAAAAUACUAAGCAGGUGCUGAAAAAGACAACUGAGGAGCUGAAAUCAAGUAAGCAACACUCAGACAAAUACCAGCGAUCACUGACUGUAUGUAUGAACCAUAUACGAACAAUGCAGGGUGUUAUAAAUACAACUCUGGGAUUCCAGUCUUCUUCAACAACUGGCUCAAAUACCAAUUCGGGGUCUUCUUCAUCAAAUUCAGUGUCUCUUGACGAACCUUCAACCAAAGUUAAAAAAGAAAUGCAGGAAGAUAAAAGUUGAACAUGGCUUUAUUUUACUGGAUAUGACUGAGUUGUCUGUACUUCAUCUUUCCCACAGAUUAUGUUCUGUUUAUACACUAAGGUGAAAGAUGUAAAAUAGUUGUGCACUCUUUGUUUAUAAAAUAAAAAUGAAGAAACAUUUAAGUUUGAUUUAACAAGCUCAUAACAUUUUGCCCUUUAUUUCCAUAAACCAUUAACUGGUUUAUGACACGUAUGUAUGUUUUACAUAACAAAGAUGUUUUGGGUUCAUACUGUUGCUUCAGCUCUGUGUAAAAUUCUUACAAGUAUAGUUAUAUAUUUGUUAGAUUUUCCAAAGUCUUGUUAUACUAUUCAUGCAAAUUUAGCACUGUAAAUGUUUCAUUUUAGUUUAAGUAUUGACAUUACAUUAACUUGGUGGAUUUAAAAUUGUUCUUAAAGUGCCAUUCUUUUCUAUCUUGAGUUUUCAAAAGUAUUCACUAGAGGGUAGGGUUUUAACAAUGUGUUGAAUGUGUGUUAUAAAUGAUAUGUCGAGCUAGAGCUUUACACCUUCAGAUCAUAUGUAUAGUACACAGUCACUCCUCUUGUUCUGGUACUUGGUUCUAAUAUGUGUUAUCACAUACAUACUAAUUGUUCAGCUGCUAAUAUUAAGUAUCUUUGAUGAAAAAAAACAAUUGUACAUCUUGGGACUUUUAAUCUACAUUUUGUCGUCUCAGUGAUUUAACAAAAUGAACAUUUCUUAUAAUUCAGCUGCUAAUAUUAAGUAUCCUCGAUGAAAAAAAACAAUUGUACAUCUUGGGACUUUUAAUCUACAUUUUGUUGUCUUGAUGGUUUCACAAAAUGAACAUUUGUAAAACUA